AUGGCUCGCAGUCAAGCGGCUGGGCACUUCAAGGCAGCUCCUCAAGUCACGAUUCUCUCAUGGAAUCUGCUGCUGGAUGACCUUAUCUCCAAUUUCAUCCCAAGGACAAUGAAAGAUCCACCGGACGAGCUGCUGAAAGAAAUUUACAAGGAGGGCGACCCAAAGAAGCAGUGGAGAGACCUGAAAGCGAAGAUGAACGAGGAGUACAAGCCCUGGCACCAGAUGAAAGAUUUGAUUAAAGAUCCCCACGACGUCUCGCAGAAGCUUCGUGCUCUCUGGAGCCAGCCAGAUCUGAAAAGCUUGGAGGGCUGGGAUCUCGGCCUUGAGAAGGAGAAAGUAAAAGAUGAAGUGACCCUGGAGAAGCACCUGACCUGCCUGGGCGUUCUGCAGAAAGAGCUUAAAGACAAGGAUUUGGGGCGAAGGGUCUACGACCAGAUCGCAGAGGAAAACAUCCACCGGACAUGGGAUAGACGGAUGCCAAAGAUUCUGAACAGGAUCACGGAAGAGGCGCCGGAUCUUGUGGCCUUUCAAGAGUAUGACAUGCACCGGCUCCAAGUCGAGAAGAAACAGUUCCACGAGCACAUGGCUAGUGCCGGCUAUGAAGGCUCCCCGAAGGGCUGCGUUGUUUUGGUGCACAACUCCUGUGUCCAGGCCAAGAAAGAGCGGGGCAUCUUCUGGAAGAAAGAAUUCUCCACGCCAGAGUUGCGGCGGCAAAUUGCAAGCGGCGUGCUGGAAAGUGAGCUCUGGAAGGCAUCUUUGGCCGAGCUUGCUGACGACACAUACGGACCAGCCGGAACCAGAGUGGAAGUCAAGGAGUGUCGAGAUGGCAUGAUGCAAGUGACAAUCUUGCACAACGACAAGGAUGCGUCGAUUCCUCAACAUCAUCUGAAGGAGAAAAACCAGAAGGAACUGCAGGACAAGCUGAUUGGCAACCUGGACUUGCAGGAGAGGGGAGAGGACGGAAAGCUCAUGAAGACCAUGGACCGCAGAAGUUUGGGCUUUGUGCGGCUGCAGAUCCGAGGGCAGCCCCUGCUCUUCUGCACGACUCAUCUAAUGACCGCCAGUCGAGACCUGCACGGCCGAGUCCGAACUGAAGAGCUGUGCACCAUCAACAGCCUGAUGAGUGAGUUGGUGAAUCCUCACGAAGCUGUUAUCUUCUGCGGUGAUUUUAACAUCAAUAGUCGUGGGCAUUCUCACGACUUCAUUUGGAAGAAGAAGUUCCUGAAGGGCGAGAAGAACGUCGAAAAGGACCGCUUCGUGAAGGCAGCUGAAACGUCAUCAGAAUGCUCCUUUUUCGGAGCCGAACUGGUCCUCGUAACAGAGUGGGGCGGCGAUCAGGUCUUGCAGGAUUUCGACUCCAUCAGCCAGCAGAAGUACAAGAUUCGCAGCAAGACUAUCGGAGAAGUGCAGGAGAUUGACACCAACGGCGACGCACUGAUCAAGUUUGAGUGCAAUGCUGAUGACCCAGCCCGCCUAGAGUGGGUGUCCCAGAAGGACUUCAAACACAUGAGAUCAUUGGACCACACAGGCUACGAGAAGGACCGUGAGGAGCGCCGCUUCAUUUGGGAGCGAUCAGACGGGCGCGAGUUGAAAAUGCGGGAUGCCUACGACGAUAUUUACGGCUCUAAUGACGCCUCCUCGACGAUCACAGGCAUGCGGGAAGAGACGAUCGAUUACGUAUUCUUUGACGAGGAGAUGCUAUCCUUGCAGAAGAAGAGUGCCCUGAAGUGCCCUGGUGUCAUGCCGAACGACCAGGAGCCAUCAGAUCACAUUCCACUCAUAGUGACUUUCGACCUGCCGGAUGUUGAGGUCCAGCUGAAGGAAGGCCUUCGCAGACUGGAGCACCACCUCUCCAACCUCCUGAAAGAAGGCAAAGCUGGAGAGAAGCUGGCGAUAGAUGUACUUCUCCCGCUGAUGCAGGCGGUGGAAGCUGCCAGGAAGCAGAGCCUACGCACCUGGCUCCUCACCGGCAGUGGCCACCGACCUGAGGCAGGAACUGGGGAAUGCGACCACAUGAGGAACCAGGGGAGCCAUCGCCCAGGAGUCCUUGUGUUGAUUCCUUUGCUCUUCAUGUCCGAAGUAUGGUUUGGUUUUGUCAAGGGGAACCUUGGUUGCAGCCAGACUUUCCUGUCGACAGAAUGGCUGGAGCUAUUCCGCCAGCCCAGCAUCGUCGUUGGCGAGGACUUCUCCGUGCCGAAAAACUUCGACUGGCAGAAGUCAACGAAGGAGAACUACGUCCACGAGAUACAGGGCCAGGUUUCAGGCGACAGUUAUGCUAGCAAGUAUCGUGCAUUCCGAAAGCUGUGUGAUGCUGAGUAUCAUGGUCUCUACAAUCUGGACCGUCAGAUAUGGCAGGAUGCGCAGAUCGAUUAUCUUCUGAAGAAAGGCAUGAAGGAAGAGAAUCCAUGGCUGCUGUACACCUGCGGACCUAUGGGAGUGGGAAAGAGCUUCACUUUGCAAUGGCUUAACAAAGAAGGCUACCUCAACAUGCAGGAGAACAUGGUGAAGAUUGAUCCGGACGCGAUCAAAGAAAGGAUGCCUGAGUACAAAGGAUAUGACAAGAAGAUGGCAGCGACCCACUGUCAUCGAGAGUCAGCCUACAUGAUGGAGAUUGCGCAGGCUGCUGCGAUGCAGAAGAACUUCAACGUUUGGGUGGAUGGAUCACUCAAGGAUGCCGAAUGGUAUGCGCAGCAGUUCGAGAGGAUCCGUUCUAAGUAUCGGGACUACCACAUUGCCAUAUUCUACAUCGGAGCGGACGAGCAGACCAUUCUGCGCCGCGUGCAGGAACGAGCGGAGGGACCAGACGGAAGGCACGUGCCUCCUGAGCUUGUUCGGGCCUCGAUGGCAUCGAUGGACAAGACGCUCAAUGUCCUGACUCCGUUUUGUGACUUUGUAGCACGGAUAAAGAACAACGGACCGUCCCCGGUACUGCAAGCCAUCGAUUCCAUCGAUCACAGCGGAAUUUGGGAAGGCCUGCGGGCGCGCAUGGACACGACGCAGUCGAUGCGCAGCUCUGUGGACUUCCCGCAGUCUUUGCGGCCACUGAGCCUCACGAGCGUUUCCUCCGAGAGCUUGGAGUUUUUCCGAUUCGAUCCCAGCGACAAGCUCAAGAUGCUGUUCGACUGGAAAAGGUCGACGGUGAAGAUGCCUCCCUCCGAACUUCGCUGCUCGCCGCUGCGCAAAGUGCGGCUGCCAGGCACGAAGGAGGGCACGGACGAUGCCACGCGAAAGGCUUUGGGCAUCGAUGCUCUUGCUCAGGAAUGUUGCUGGAUCUAUCCGCUGAAACUGGGCAGCAACACCCCGGCAGAGUUGGUGGAGACCUUCCGCCAUUUGAAGCAGGAUCAAAAUCCUGUGGCCUUUGUGCUUGAGAACGGAGGUUUCUGCUAUCUCAACGAGGAGUUGAAGAUAGUUGCACUGAUUGCCAUUGUCCCCGUCGGUCGGGCCAAAAUGCAGUUCAAAAGACGAGAGGUGAAAGGAAGAAGCCCAGAUGCCACAAGCGAAGUGAUCCCAUUCGAGCCCGAUGACAUUGGCUAUUGGCACGAGGUUACUCUGGAGUUCCUGAAGAAACGUGGAGCUGAAGAAUUCGCAUACUUGGCCCCCCACGAAAUGUCCUCGAAGACCGGGGUUGAGGUGGGUGGCGAGUAUGGAUCCUUUGCUUACAAGUUCAAGCAGAGAGACAAGCAGGAGGUGGUCGUCUUCGAUUUCAUUGGAGCUGGCACGCUUUGA